AUGUCGACGGAAGUGAGUAUAAUGAAUGAGAUUCACACCAUUGCUGACAAUUGGAAGAGACAUAGAAAUCGGAUCAUGAAUUCAAAGUUAAAUGAGAAGCGAAAGCAUGAAUUGGAGAAAAUUAGUCGUGAAGUGGAAAUGGAGGACCACAUCAUGUCAGUGUCCAAACUAUGCGCGACCCUCAACACCAAUUUGGAUACAGGCUUGAGUCCAGUGGCAGCCAAACAAAUACUUUCAACUAAUGGCCCAAAUAUUGUGACAACAAAUAUAGCGACGGGAGAGUGGAUCAGAUUUAUUAAGAACUUAUUCGAUUGGUUCAAUAGUUUCUUAUGGGUCGGUUCGCUCCUGUGUUUUAUAACUUAUAUAACAGAAACAUAUGAGAGUUCAGUGGACGCCCAUCCCGACGAUCUGUACUUAGGCUGUGCUCUGGCGGGUGCUGUUACGAUAUCAGGGUGCUUUAGUUAUUAUCAGGAGGCCAAGAGUGCAAACAUUUUUAUAACAUUUCGAGAUUUAAUACCCCGAUAUGUGACAGUGAUUAGGGCGGGCUCUAAGUUGAGGUGUCACGUCAAUGAAAUAGUGGUCGGGGAUCUCAUUGAGAUACAGGCCGGGGAUAGAGUUCCCGCAGACAUUAGGAUAACAGAAUCUCAUGGAUUAAAGUGUGUCAACCCGUUAUUGACGGGAAAUAAUGAGCCAUUCUUGCGGUCAAAUGAGUGCACGAAUACCAAUCCUUUUCUAACAAAAAAUCUCAUUUUCUUCUCAACUAAUUGUGUCGAAGGUACUGCUCAGGGAAUUGUCAUCAAAACUGGCGAUCAUACAUUAAUGUCUCAUUUGUUGGCCAACUAUUAUCAAACAAAAUCCACUAAAAAAUCAUCCGAGAGUUUGCUUAACAAAGAUAUUACAUUUUUUAUCCGCAUAAUAACUGCCGUUUCCCUAUUUAUCGGCGUAAUUCUGUCGAUCCUAUCGUACACUAUUGGCUAUUCAUGGCUUAACGCCAUUAUAUUUAUGAUCGCUUUAUUUGUGGCACAAAUACCGGAGGGUUUAUUCCCAACACUAUCUGUAGUCUUGAGUUUGGCUGCAAAAAGGAUGGCUUCAAAGAACUGUUUGGUUACUAAUUAUGAAACUGUGGAGACAUUAGGCCUCACUUCAACGAUAAUCACUAAUAAGCAAUUGGAUUUAAAUCUCUGGAAACAAAACAGUCUCUAA